AUGCCGUCCUCAGUCCGAGUUCUUCCCCCUGGUGUUGGACCUUCCGAGCAUAGUCAAUUCUUUGAUGAGCUUGCAAAGAUCGUCGGCGGUGAGAACAUCUCCCGGGAUGCAUCAGCAGGCGCCUUGACUGGGCCUCACCAGCAAAACAGCUACGGCGAUCCAUACUCCUUGGUCGAUCAGGAUCAGCACACCCCUAGUGGUGCGGUUCGCCCGGCGUCUGUAGAAGAAGUACAGCAGGUUCUACGACUGGCAAACCGAUUCAAGGUUCCCUUGUGGACGGUAUCCCGCGGUAGGAACCUUGGCUAUGGCGGCUCGGCACCUGUCGUGGCUGGCAGCGUGGUCCUCGACUUGCAUCGAAUGAACCGCGUGUUGGAGGUCAGCGGGAAAGAUGCGUACGCCAUUGUCGAGCCAGGCGUCUCCUUCUUUGACCUUUACGAAGAGAUCAAACGGCGCGAUCUCCCGCUGUGGCCAUCUACCGCCGCGAUCGGAUGGGGAUCUGUCCUGGGCAACACGCUGGACCACGGCUUCGGCUAUACUCCUGGUGGCGUGCACACAGAUAUGCAGUGCGGCAUGGAGGUUGUUCUUCCAACAGGAGAUCUGGUGCGGACUGGAAUGGGUGCUAUGACUGACAGUAAACUGUUCCCUCUUUACAAGGCCGGUUUUGGACCAAGUCUUGAUGGACUCUUCUAUCAGUCUAAUCUAGGCGUCGUGACGAAGCUGGGUAUUCACAUUUCCCCGGCACCUGAGGCGUACACCGCUUGUGACCUGAGCGUGCCAAACGAGGAAGAUCUCCCCCAGUUCAUCGAGCUUCUCGCGGAUCUCCAAAGGCGAGGCGUAAUCACCAACCACCCCUCCGUUUCCAACGUUUUCCGCCAGGCCAUCCUGUCCCCGGACCCUGCCUGUACAGAGAAAAUGGCACCUUAUUUCGGUCCCAACAAGAGAGUCCCGGACAGCGUUCUGGACGAGCUGAAGUCGACUUACGGCUGGGGAUUCUGGAGAGCCGAGUUCGGUAUUCAAGGUGACGCCGAUGUAGUCCUAGCCCUGGAGAGUUCACUGCGUCGCGCCAUCACAAAGAUUCCUGGAGCUCGGCUUGAAGUCAGGAAGUUUGGUGGCACCCCGGGCAGGUUCCUUCGAGGAGAAGAAGUCGAAACCCCCGGCAUUCCCCACAAUGGCGUGCCGACAUUGACGGCCAUGACUCUGAUGGACUACCGCAUGGCACCCGGAAGCGGACACGGCGACUUCGCUCCCAUUCUCCCUACCUCGGGCCCGGCAUUGCUCGAAUGGUGGCUAGAAGCUAAAAAGAUGGUCGCUGAAGCAAAUCUUGACCUCUUCGCCGAUUUCCACGUUUGGUCUCGGUACAUCAUCCCCAUCGUCAUGGUAGUAUACGCGCCCGAGGAGAAGGACCGCGUAAAGACACUCGUCCAGAACCUGAUCAACGAUGCUGCCCGUCGUGGACUGACUACGUAUCGCACUCACGUGGAGUACAUGGACCAGAUCAGGAGUCACUUCUCAUUCAAUGAUCACGCCCACGCAAAGCUUGUUGAUAGCUUCAAGGCCACUUUGGAUCCUAACGACAUUUUAUCACCUGGCAAGUCGGGUAUCAAGGGAACUGUGAGGAAAUCCUAA